GUAGUAUCUCAAAGUGCACCAUCAACUUGAAAAAAAUGGAUUCACUGUUGGCGUUCAAUUUUUCCUCCCUGGGAAAAAAGGAAGACAGUCAGUUUUCUUUCUUUCUUGGAAAAACGAAAAAAAAUACCGAGAGCCAGGGGCAGGCUAGCAGGCCGACGGGCCACGGCUCGCUGGCUCCCUGUCUUGUCCAUGAGGCAGUGAGUGGGGAACGAACGGUACGGCUGGCUCACCAUGGCCGACGCGGCGAUCGCCCCUCUCCUGCCCGGCGAAGCGGAAGGCGACGACGAGGACGCGUGCCGCAUCUGCCACCUCCCAGCAGAGGCGGGCCGCCCCCUGCGCCACCCCUGCGCCUGCCGCGGAAGCAUCAGGUUCGUCCACGACGACUGCCUGCUCCGAUGGCUGUCCUCGCGACGUGGCUUGAGCUCGGCAUCGUCUCAGAAGAGAACAAAUCUGGACCUCUGAUAGUGUUACUUAAGGAUGUAGAGAAAUCAUUCGCUGGAGUUACAGAGUCACUUUCAUCUUUGAGGAGCAAACUUGAAUCACUUCCAUCUGGUGUUCUUGUUAUAGGAUCCCACACCCAGAUGGACAGCCGCAAAGAGAAGGCGCAUCCUGGAGGUUUUCUUUUCACAAAGUUUGCCAGUAGCAGCCAGACACUUUUUGACCUUUUCCCGGAUAGCUUCGGUAGCAGGUUGCAUGAAAGAAGCAAAGAAAGUCCAAAGACAAUGAAACAUCUAAAUAAACUUUUCCCAAACAAAAUUUCAAUCCAGCUUCCGCAGGAUGAAGCUCUACUUACAGAUUGGAAGCAGCAGUUGGAUCGUGAUGUUGAAACACUUAAAGCCAAAUCAAAUAUUGGUAGCAUUCGCACGUUUCUGAGCCGCAAUGGAAUUGAAUGCAAUGAUCUUGAAGAAUUAUUCAUCAAAGACCAAUCACUGAGUAAUGAAAAUGUGGACAAGAUUGUUGGGUACGCAGUGAGUUAUCACCUUAAGCACAAUAAAAUUGAAACGUCCAACUCCAAGGAUGCUAAACUUGUACUCGCAAGUGAAAGCCUUAAGCAUGGGCUCAACAUGCUGCAAAGCAUGCAAAGUGAUAACAAGAGCUCCAAAAAAUCACUGAAGGAUGUUGUCACAGAGAAUGAAUUUGAGAAAAGGCUAUUGGCAGAUGUUAUACCACCUAAUGACAUUGGAGUUACCUUUGAUGAUAUUGGAGUCCUGGAGAAUGUAAAGGACACGUUAAAGGAGCUGGUGAUGCUCCCUUUACAAAGACCUGAAUUGUUCUGCAAAGGCCAGUUAACAAAGGUAGCAUCAUAAUGCCUAAUUAUGCUUGAAAUCGCUUACAUGGGGUGUCAGAGUGUUCCCAACUAGGGUUGCCUAUAUGGUUGAUAUUUUUUCAAGCGUGGCAUCCACUAGGGGUUGUUAUGGUUUAUUGUUU